CGGUCUUUUGUCCUACACGCUGCCCCCUCGCAUAAACUCACCCCCACUCUCUCUCCUCCCCCUCUCCUCUAUGUGUCGCUAGGUUACUUGCAGAUCCAAAUUCCCGGCUUAAAAUCCCCGAUGCAAUUAUAUUGGCUUCUUUUUCCGCCAUCAUCGUCUUGUUCGAUAUGAUCGAGAAAAGGGUUCGGUUGUAGAGGUUUUGAUCGCGAAUAUCCAAGUAAAUUGGCCUUAUGAGCUGUUGGGUCGCACAUCUUAAGUUUUGCUGCUGUUGGAAGAUUCAGAACUUUCUGGCAAGGAUUGACUAAUAUGGGCUAUCGCGUGCGAUCUUGUGAUAAAGUUGGAAACCAAGCCAUUAGAGAUGCAUCAAUCAAGGUCUUUUAUUUCUCUCUUAUGCUUUCUCCUGUUGUGUCGGUUUGGGACUGCACCAUUCGCAAGAUUAUGUACUCGUUCAGGCCUGAAUGGGUGUAGGAACUGAGGUUCAGUUAAAAUAGUCCAGAUCUUGAGAAAAAUUUAGAUCUCAUCAAAUAUAGGUUUUACUUUUUGUGAGGUGCCAUAGGAUUUUUUCUCUUAUAAGUCGAUCCUUUUAAAGGCAAUAAGUUGAAACCAAUUGCUGGCUAAAUCAUUAGUCAUGGAUAAACUGGGAAGGAAACAAGCUCCAAUAGGAUUAAGGAAGGAGAAAAAGAAACAAGUUAAAGAUGAAGUUGACCGCUUGAAGCAAGCUGAAAAGAAAAAGAGACGUUUAGAAAAAGCUCUUGCUACUUCUGCAGCCAUUCGUUCUGAGUUGGAGAAGAAAAAAUUGAAGAAAAUGGAAGAACAACAACGUUUGGAUGAGGAAGGUGCUGCAACAGCUGAGGCUGUAGCUCUACAUGUUCUUAUAGGAGAAGAUGCAGAUGAAUCAUCCCUAAUUAUGCGUAAUAACAUUAAAAGAUUUAAUUCUUUUGAGAAUUCUAGCAAUCUUGGCCACUUGAUGGAUCACCACAGCUCUGCAAAAUAUUCCAUAGGAGAAACAGGAAGGAUUUCUUACGCAUUUGCGUCCAGAAAUAAAUGGAAUGAUUUGGCCAAUGGAAUGCCAUUUUCAUCCGGAUUGCAUGGCAGAGAUCUCCAUGCACCUUAUUAUGAAGAGCUGGAGCUUGGCGUAGAGGAUUCAGCAGGCCUAAUUGCAGCACACGCAGUUUCAUCAUUGUGUAUCACAGACAACUCACAAAACCUUUUCCCUGGUCAAAAUACAGCAACAAAUGUUAUUAACAGGAUGGUUCCAGGCCAUGAUUUUGAUAGCAAUUUUAGACUUUUCAAGUAUUUUUAAGCAUACAGAGGGUCUUGUAUAGAACAGAGGUAAAUGCGACAUUUCUUUUAUGAUUAUAUAUUUCUUUCCCUGAAUGUUAAAACUUAAUGUAUGUCUUCGAAUGUUUGGUUUGUUUGAAGGAGCUUUCUGUGUUUGUGUGUAAGAUAAUUUUAAAAGUGUUUUGGAAAGUGGCUUUCCUCUGUUAUGAUAAGUUCUGCUUUUGGUC